UUUCGAAGAACGAUCAAGCAAUUUCCAACUCAAAACACACCCUCCAACAAACAACAACCAUGUCCGCCCCCAAUCAAGGCCGCCAAUCCCCCGAGCCGGAGCGCCAAUCCGACUCCCAAACCGGCACCCAAGCCAGCCAGCCCAACGACCAAAACGCGGGACCGGGAGGUGCCAAACCCGCCGAGCAGUCCAAGGAGACGCUGGAGAAGUUGGGUUCCAACCCUGGGGGGCCGUUGGAUGAGGAGGCGAAGAAGAAGACUGCGAAGUAAGAAUGCCGCGGGAUGGGGAGAGGGAAAGGAGAAUGAGGGUGGGAGGGGGUUGGUGAGGAGUGAGCAGGAGAUGGCUGGGUUGG